CGACUGGAAUAGAGAGAGUCGGCUUCGUCAAGAGCGCCAAUCUGCAAUUUUCAAAUGUUAUUCAUCACUGAAACUCUGAGAAUUGAUCAGUGAAAACAAAGGAACUGUGCAAAUGCCGCCAAGAUCCUAUGAUGGACCGGGAGGCUAACCUUCCUCCACCCAACAUUGAUCUCGGCCGUCCCAUCAUCAACUCCGAUACCACCACGGAAACCACUUCCUCUUCUUCCACGUCGGAAUCUCUCCGCCAUGCUCAAGCCGCCUACAAGCGCUACCGUCCCAUCGUCAACUCCGAUACCACCACCGCAACCACUUCCUCUUCUUCUUCUUCAUCUUCGACGCCCGAAUUUUUCCGGCAUUUUCAAGCUGCUUUCAAGCGCCACCGCCCCACCGGUACUAUGCAGAGACACAAUUUGUUGCCCGUGCGUAAAUCGGUUCCACAACGUGACUCGUCUAUAACUGCUGCAGCUUCUUCUAAGGAGGGUCCUAAUAAGAACUUUCAUGAUGUCAUCAUUCCGUCAAGUCAGGUUCGAGCUAGUAAUGAUUCAAGUUCAACUAUUAUACACUCCAAGAAUUCUGCAGUUGCUGCUGUUAGGGAAACUCAAGAAGAUGCAUCAAUAACCCCUCCUUUUAUCUCAGGCACCACUAUCACUAAGACCUUCGAAGAGAGUUUUAACCCAUCUCAAUUGCAAGGACAUCAAUCUAAAUCAGUAAUUGACUGUAAAGAGAAUAAUAAUCCUAUGCCCUCUUCAAAUGUAGAGCAUGUUGAUUGCAAAAGAAAGGUUCAGUUCUCAAUGGCUAACAAUGCUACUUCCCAGGGGGCCGAUCAUCAAAUGGCCACUGGAUUGGAGAACUUAUCUUCUCAUAUGAGUUCACUUGCAUUGACAGAGAUGGAAUGGGUCACAAGCAACCCAGUUGAGGCAAUGAAUGAUAUCGGUGAUGAAUUGAAGCACCAAAAUCUUCAGAUCAUGGAAUCUGAUAUACGUUCGAGGUUGGAUGGUACAGGAUCUUCAUUGGCGAAAAGAAUUAUGGCAGCCCAGGACCAACUGCAUCAAUAUAAACAUUUCUUAAGCCAACCUGCCACUCAAUCUUCAGUUAUAGGUGCAUCAUGUCCUACCACAACAUCCAUCCAUUCUACCUCAGCGCCCAUUCUUAACUCAACAACCUAUUGCUCUCAUUCACAUCUAGAGGGUGGUAUUCAAGUGGCAGGUGAACCACUGACAGAUUUUAAUGCAAGUUCUCAUCAGACAAGUCAAAAAAACAUGAACCAGCUGUCUUGUCCUUCGAAGGACACAAGUGUGAUGCUAGUUGACCCGGCAGCUACUUUGGCGCAGGCUUCCAUUUCUGCUAUUGAUGCCCAAAUGAAGGAACAUCACCUGCCAUUGGAAAGACCGGGCAGCCAGAUUAACGGAACUGACAUUUCGAAGAAUCCUUCCUAUGCUGGUGAAAACUUAACUAAAAAAAGAGGAUCAGAAGAUGGUGUUGCUGAUGUACAAUCUCAGGAUCCGUCAUCCAAAAACCUACCUUCAGACGUCAUGUUGGAGUCCUGUAAGCCAGUUAAACAAGAAAAGGUCACAGGUAGUAAAGCUGCUUCGAUGCCUCAUAAAAAGAAUUAUGACCCUGACUUAUUCUAUAAAGUUAAUGGGAAGCUUUAUCAGAAGCUUGGUAAAAUAGGCAGUGGAGGAAGCAGUGAGGUCCACAAAGUCAUUUCUUCUGACCGUACAAUCUAUGCACUAAAGAAAAUUAAACUCAAGGGCCGUGAUUAUGCAACUGCAUAUGGUUUUUGUCAGGAGAUCUUAUAUCUAAACAAACUGAAGGGAAAGAGCAACAUUAUACAGUUAGUAGAUUACGAGGUGACAGAUAAGAGUUUGCUCCGUGAAGUGAUGAAUGAAUCCAUGAGUAACAAGGAUGCCAGAGUUAAGGAUGAUGGAUUUAUAUAUAUGGUCCUUGAACAUGGGGAAAUUGAUUUGGCUCACAUGUUGUCGCAGAAAUGGAAGGAAAUGGAUAGCACCAAGCAGACCAUAGAUGAGAAUUGGCUAAGAUUUUACUGGCAGCAAAUACUCGAAGCUGUCAACACCAUACACGAGGAACGCAUAGUGCAUUCUGACUUGAAGCCAGCUAAUUUUCUUCUUGUUAAAGGUUUUCUGAAGUUGAUUGAUUUUGGUAUUGCUAAAGCCAUAAUGAGCGAUACAACCAACAUUCAAAGGGAUUCACAGGUAGGUACGCUAAGUUACAUGUCACCUGAGGCAUUUAUGUGCAAUGAGCGUGAUGCGAAUGGAAAAACUAUAAAAUGCGGUCGGUCAUCAGAUAUAUGGUCUCUUGGCUGCAUACUUUACCAAAUGGUAUACGGAAGAACCCCUUUUGCCGAGUACAAGACGUUUUGGGCGAAGUUCAAAGUUAUAACUGACCCAGACCAUAAAAUAACUUAUGAACCAGUUUCCAAUCCAUGGCUUCUUGAUCUUAUGAAAAAUUGUCUAACCUGGGAUCGUAACCAAAGAUGGAGAAUUCCUCAACUUCUCCAACACCCUUUUAUCGUUCCGCCCAUCCCGACUCAACAGGAAGAAGAAAACAAGUUGCUUCGACUCAUUGCUGAAGGCUGUGGUGAUAAUCAGGAAGCUCUAAAACUUUGUUCUGAUCUACGACAACUACAUAAGGAUCCAAUAGCAUGUCUGACAUCUGAGUCGUUACUACCAUCAGAAAACCCGCAAUGUAAGUUGCUAUCUCAAAUGUCCAUGCUUUGCCUUCAACUCAAGGAACAUUUGUCCAAGUUGGAAACGCAACAGAAAUAGAUUCAGCUGUGUUAAAUGUCUGGGAAGUCCCUUUUGUUUGCAUGAAAUUGAAGGGAAUUUUUGUGAGAAAUUAUGGAUCAAUUUGUCAAUCCUCAGUCACUUCGAUUGUAAAAUUGUAAUCAUCCAUGCGCCUGUAUUUUGUACGAGUUGAAUUAUGUUCUCUCCUGUUGUGUGUAUAAUAGAGUUUCAGACAUCUUUUGGACGUUGAAUACAUAAAUGCAGAAAGUCUAUUGGGGUACGUACGCGCACCAAAAUAGACACUAAUUAUAGAUUAUUUUAA